AAAAUCUAACUUCACUCCAAAAUGUACACCCAUAGUGGAUACUUCUUGGUUGUCUCUUUCUUACCAUUUCAGUUCCUACUCCAGUUAUAAAAUUGGCAGUUUGUUUUGUCAGAACAGCCGAACAGGCAUACACACCCUUUCACCAAAAAUCAAUGGUCACUUCCAGAUUAUAACUGCAACUAUAUAUAUAUCUGACCCUUGUUGGAAAAACACCGCACACACAUCAAAUUUCCCUUUGCACAUGGAAAUGAAACACUUCAAAGCCAUGGACGACGACAGCAACAAUGUAGACGUGUUCAAUAGGCUGACAAGCUCUCUCCUUGUUCUUAUUGUCAGUUAUCUGCCAUUCAGAGAAGCAGCAAGAACAUGCAUCUUGUCUAAGCAAUGGGUUGAUGUUUGGCGCGAAACGACAAACCUUGAGUUCAAUGAGAACUUCUUUGUUAAACCUGAAGAAACCAAAGAAAACCAGAUGAUUCUUAGAAAUUCUUUCAUUGAUUUCGUCAGGCAGUUUGUUGCACAAUACCCACAAAAGGGUAUUCAAAGAUUUGCAUUGGCAUGUUCAGAUCCUCAAGCUUUCCUCUCUGACAUCAGAAACUUUGUCGUUUUCGCCAUUUCACGUAAUGUCAGAGAGUUAGAACUAGAUUUCUCUGAUCCUACAUGGAGAGAAGACAGUCUCGAUAGUCAUCAACCGGCGUUUGAAUUACCUUUGCAGAUUUAUCAACACAAAAGACUUGUGUUACUGAAGUUGUUUUCAUGUCGUUUUGAUGCCUCUAGGUUUACUAAUUUUAGUACACUGAAGAGUGUUUCUUUAGGUUGGACAGGAAUCAGUGUGGUUUCAAUUAAGGCUUUGUUGGUUAAUUGUCCUUUGAUAGAGAGUCUGAGUCUGAAAAAGUGUUGGGACUUAGAGCACUUUGAGAUUUCUUUACCAAACUUGAGGCUAAAGAAUUUGGUUCUUGAUAACUGCAACUUUAUUCAAGAUUGGUUUUGUAUUGAAGGACCCAAAUUAGAGUUCUUGAAAUAUUCAGGAAGAAUAGGCCAUUUUCACAUGUCCAAUCAACGUAAUAUGGUUGAGGCUGAUCUAGAUUUUGGAAUGGAGCCUGAAUUUGAUGAUGUUGGCUCUCUUCUUUAUGACUUCUUACAAGAAUUUUAUGCUGUUCAAAUUCUGACUGUGUGCAGUGUCUUGCUUCAGAUUAUCCCCCAAGGAGACGAGCCAUUUGGUCUGCAAUCCCCGUUAAAUGUCCGCCAUCUGAUACUGAAAGCUGCAGUGCAUUUCAACGAAUAUUUUGGCAUCAGAUUCAUGCUUAGGAGUUGUCCACAUCUUGAGAUCCUUACUUUUGACAUUGGUCCUGCAAAAAUUUUCCCUGAUUAUGCACCUCCCUUUAGAUUUAAUCCUCAUGAGUUUUGGUCAAAGGAUUUACGUAUCCAGAGGUGCAUCAGGAGCAGCCUUAAGGUGGUGAAUGUCAAAGGAUUUAGAGGAACUCUGAGUGAAUUAUAUGUGCUGAGAUACAUAAUCUGCUUUGGUGACCAACUCAGGGAGCUUAAUCUCUAUGUUGCUAAUGAAGAAGGUGAGAAUGGAGAAAAUAGAGACACUUACAUGGAAAGAGUUGAGCUUCUUUUGAAGUUCAUCAAGCGUCAUCAGCAGCUGCAUGUAUCAGUCUUCCUGUAACUUCAAUUUCGUUUGCGUACUCAUUGUUUGUAAUUUGUGUGUGGUUUUUCUCAUCCGUUCAUGAAAAUGUUGUAAACUUUAAACUGUCUGUGUAAUAAACUCUUACAUUGUUAGUAAAGUUUUUAUUAUUAAC